CACACGCACACACACGCUCUAUCUUCCCGUUACUCCACCACGCCAGUCGGCUGGAGAACCAACCACCUCGCUGCCUCGCCGGCUUUACCACCACCAUUCUUCUCUGGGAUUAUUGCCAUCAAUAUUAUUAUUAUCAUUAUUUAAUAUUAUCACUGCUGUUGUUCUUAUCGCUAAAUGCCGUGGAGGUUGUGAGCGCCAUUGGUAUUGAUUCCUUGUGAGUAAAGUGCUGGGAUUUAGUGAGACGAUUCUUGUUUUUCUCGACGACAACAACAGCAACGACAACGACAAGGCAAGGCCGGAGCGUGAGUGAAGGUGACGGACAAACGCUGAACACCGAACGAUGACGGAGAGAGAAUGCCGGAGCUGAGCUGUGCAGACUUCCAGCAUGGGACAGUACAACUCGACAGGCGCUGAAGGCUCGGGGCCAGGAGCACCCACCGGCCCCCCAUCCUCCCUGACCUCUAUCGCGCGGAGCCAGGAGAGUCUGGAUGAAGCGGCCAGAAAUGCUGCCACGCUGGCCGCCUCAUGGCGAAGUCAUGGGAUCUUCGGAGCCUCCCUAGCCAGCCGGCCCGACACGAGAGAGGACUCUGUGGUCGGGGCUGGCCGCCCGGUGGGGCGGGCUGGGGAGACCACGGACACCAACAAGAUGUCCAUACGGGCUGCCAUAGACACCUACAUUGAGAACUGUCUGUCGCAGCAGACCAACGACAUGUCGCCGCCCUCUGAGAGCAGUGGUCCGUCUCAGGCCUCUGGUCAAUCCGACAGCAGCGGAGACAACACCCGGGACUCAGAGGACCCCCGGCCCAAAGAUGCCACCGCAGCGGGAGGUGACUCCGCCCCUCCGGCCAAUACCUCUAGUUGUGAAGAUGGCUCUAGUCACAGCAGACAGGUGGUUGGGGAUACCACUAAAAGUUCGGAAUCCUCAUUUGCUAAAAGCGAUGUUUCACAUGGAGGUACGGGUAAGCCUACACUGGAGAAUGCCACAGAGCCUGGGUCUGACUCCUCUAAAGAGAAGUCUGGCAAUCCAGAUGGGAAGGCAAGUCAAGGACGCACACCGGGAGAUUCUGUGGCAACUCCAGAGGAGAAAAAGACAGACGGGAUGAAUUCUUGUGGGGAUGUUCUCGCGCCUUCCAGUGUGAAAAAGGUUGGGGAUAGUAGCAGUCAUUCGGGUCAUUCAGCGGAGCGUCAAAAGAGUGGGAGUGAUUCAAAGUUCGGAGCGGGGGACAAACGGGAUUCUACUUCCCCCAUCCUCGGGAAGGAUGACUCGGCGAAAAAUUCUCCCCAUCACCCGUCAUCAGGACAUCAGGAGCCGUCAGCCAUCUCCACUCAACCCCACUCCGUGGCAGCUGCCACACAGAGGUCUUCCCCUCCCAUGAGACUACAAACUCUGAUUGACAAAGUUCUGGAUAAAUCCUUACAAGACCCCCUACCCCCCUCACCUCCGGAGGUGACUAUUAAAUCUGAAAAAUCUGAAAAAUCGCCGUCUCAGGAUAGCAGCACAGCUCAGUCAGAACCAGACGUUUCUGUCAUAAAGAUGGAGGGGCCAAAAAAAGCCACAACGUUGUGUUUCAAAGACCAUCUAGAAAGAAUGCUAAUACAAAAUUUUCUAACAUACGAGGAAGAUGAGAAGAAGGAGAAGACAAAAGCGGAAGCUGCCCCCUCAACAAGAGUGGUGAAAGUUGACUCGGAAGUGGAGAAUAAGAAGGAGGACAGUGGUACGUCAUCAGCUCACAAGUCUGGCUCUGACAGCACCAUCAGCGUACAGGACAUCGUGGAUCGCGUCAUCUCCGAGACCGAAGUGGUCAGUAAGCUGAUGACGCCUGGCGACGCUGCCAAAUCCUCAGCUACAGGGAGCAAGGGAGGUGAGUCUGGUAGUGGUCAAUCCCCUGGUGGGGUCUCAGCGGGCUCUCAUUCGUCGCUGGGUUACGUGAGCAAACCAAACCGGAAUCUGAUGGAGCUGCAGAGACACUCAGUGAACAAGGAACAUCAGUCCAGCACCAUGGGACGUAAGCGUGGACGGCCGCGCCUGGGAAGUCCCAUCAACAGCUCGGGCAACUGGGCGCUGGACACGGCCAAGGACAUGAAGGCCAAGGCUGCAGCUGCUGCCGCCGCCUCCUCUGGCUACCACCACCACAACAACCCGCACGGUGUGGAGUACCGGGGCUCUCAGUCUGGGCCCGGCGGUCACCACCACCCAGCGGACGUGGGACUGUCCCGUGGUGGAAGCAGCAACAACACCCACCCGCCUCCCCCUCCUCCCCACGCCCGCCUUACACAAGGCCCACCACCUCUAGACUUUGCUCCUCAUGGCUCUUUACAGCACGGGAUGUCAGGAAAGGCUCUGUUAGCCGCCGCCCAUGGCCCCUCCCACUCUUCACCUUACCACCCCCACAUGUCACCUCAGAGACAUGCUCACCCGGCGGCAAACUCACCCUCUAGUAAACACCCUCCUCCAGUUAUCUCAACGGCAUCAUCGUCAUCAUCAACAUCAUCAUCGUCUUCAGCCCCCUACUAUUCUCACCAGAUCCCCGGAGAGUCAUCGUUCCAUGGGCGUGGUCCCAGCCAGCACCUGCCCAACCUCCUGCUGGGACAUCCUUCCCGCCACAUACGCCCACAGCAGCUUGCAGGACACCCGCCAACCUCCAAGCCCCCUCCUCCUCUCAUCCUGGCUGAGCAGAUCAGUGAGAGUCUAGGCAGUGGAGGUCGAGAGGGUGGUGGUGGUGGUGGUGGUGGGGGCGGCGGUGGAAGUCGGCUGGUUCCAGUCUCCCACAUCCCCACCAAGUCGUGUUCCUGCCACAGCUGUGUGGCCCACUUCUCGCGGGGGAAAUCUCCACCUCACCCACUGACCCACCCAUCAUCUCACCCCCCCUCCCUCCCCCCUCACCUCAAACAAUACCCAUCAGUACACAAAGCGGAGACAGAUCCACCGGAUCCAAACCUGCGCCAUGGCCAGUCUCACGUACCGCACUAUCACCCUUACCAAAACUCGUCUCAGUCAGCGAGGCGAAACUCAAAGGACUACUACCCUGCACAAGGUCAGCCCCCUCCUGCCACUGAGUCUCUCCGUCCGGUCAUUGCCGUGUCCGGUCAAGGUCUUCCUCCCCAGGCCAUUAUCCCCAGCUACAUUGCUGCUCAAAGGCCUCGCCCAGAGGGCCCGAACCCAGGCCCCCCACCACCUCCACAACCAAACCCAGCGUUAAGCAGAGAGGCUCACUCUCACAACCGCUACAUGGACCACCGAGCUCAGAACCCAUCACCUGGUCACUAUCCGGGCUACAGUGGUCACUCCUCAGGUCCUGCACAUGGCGCGCCUUCGUCCAAACCUCCCUCGACACAUGCCAAGUACAUGGACGGGGAGAAAUCAACUAGAAAUAUCCCACCCCCGAGCCACCACACAAGUAUCUACGAGACAAACUUGUCCUCGGCGCGGAGCCUCAGAGACAAAGUUCCUCAGCAUGUCAGUCAGGAGGCCUCCAAGCAUGGCCACACUUCCUAUGCGCCGCCCCCAGCUGCUGCCAAUCAGGACAGUGACCAGCCUCUUGACCUGUCGACUAAGCCAAGCCCUGCCCACCGCAAGGACACACGGGUCAGAGAGACGGAGGUGUUGAGGGCUGAAGUACCCGCGUACAGGGGGAAUCCUGGCUACAGACGGCCAUCAGGGGAAGUGACUCCGUCCAACGAACGUGCCCACAGCCAAAGUCCGUACAGAGAGCAGGAACAUCGGCAGCCAUCUAGUGGUCACCAUCUACUCAGGUUGGAGAACAGUGUGGACAGAUAUUUACCUCAGACCCAGAGUGCACCUCACAGCCAGCACCAUCAAGGACUUCACCCUCAGGAUGCUCCAGGGCCACACCAUGCCAGCUACCCCAGCCACUACCACCACCCCCACCCACACCAGCAGCAACAUCCGCCAUCAUCUCUACCGCAGCAGCAUCACUAUCAACAGCAGCAACAGCAUCCAUCAGCGCCACCGCAGCAGCAGCAACAGCAGCAUUCCCGGCUGAGUCCUCACCCAUCUCCCCACCACCUCCACCCACACCACCCUCACCAGAGCCGCAGUGAUACCUCUCGAGUGUCCAGUCUAGCCCCACCCCCCUCCCCCCAGAACCGCAGU